CUAUACUCUUUUUGCUCCACAAAAACCAAGGAAAUGAUUGUUUUUGCAUUUAAUUUACGCACCUUUCUCCUUCUAAAUCUUCAUUACCACACCACCACCUCGCAACAAAAAGAUUGAAGUGUAAGCAGUUGAUAUAUUAAACAGAUUCGGUACGAACCAAAUCAGGUUGCCGUUGGUUAUUAAAUUAAGAGACAGGGUCGAGAGACUUCGCUGAUCCCUUUUCAUUUAUACAUGUUCUUUGGAACUACGUUAUAUAUACAUAUAUAGCGUGACUCAUGGAAGGAGUACAACACUUAAAAAUUCCACUUGAUGAGAUAAAGUUUGCCACCAACAACUUUAGCGAUGAAAAUUCCAUUGGUAAAGGUGCAUAUGGAAAGGUCUACGCAGCCAAACUCUCCCUAUCCGGGCAGCAGAGAAUCGUUGCUAUAAAGCGGUUAAAUAAAACCUCCAACCAAGGGGAACCUCAGUUCUUGAUGGAGAUUCAGUUGCUUUCAUGCUAUAAACACAAAAACCUCAUCUCACUUGUUGGGUUCUGUGACGAAAAUAGAGAAAAGAUACUUGUUUAUGAGUAUGCAAAACAUGGAAGCCUUGACAAGUAUCUAUCUACACCUGAACUCUCCUGGACGCAACGUCUCCAAAUAAGCAUUGGUGCGGCCCGUGGUUUUAAUUACCUUCAUAAUGAUGUGGGACCCCAACAUAGAGUCCUGCAUCGGGAUAUAAAGAGCUCCAACAUUCUUCUACAUGAGAAUUGGGAAGCAAAAAUAUCUGAUUUUGGAUUGUCGAAAAUAGGUCCUUCAAAUGUUGAAUGUACUUUUCUUCUCACUAGCCCUUGUGGCACCAUUGGUUAUGUCGAUCCGGAAUAUGCAAGAACAGGUAUUUUAACAAAGGAAUCUGACGUGUACCCUUUCGGUGUGGUGCUAUUUGAAAUCCUGUGUGGUAGGUUAGCACGUACAAAAAAUCAAGAUAAGAAUUUGCUUCUUCCUAUAUUGGCUCGAAAGUGUUAUGAGCAAAACAGAUUAAUCGAUAUCAUCCAUCCAAAUCUCACAACACAAGUGAAGGUAGAUUCGUUGGAGAUGUUCUCAAUGGUUGCAUAUCAGUGCCUGAAAGAAAAUAGAAGUGAACGCCCUACAAUGGGUUGGAUUGUCGAAAAACUUGAGAAAGCAUUGGAACUUCAAGCCGAUAUCAAAGCAGCGAGACUUAUUCGCAUUGGAACAUGGGGAAGACAUAAUGGAGAUUCUCAACAUUACUGGUCUUUUACACUUGAGCAAGAUGAUCAUUUGUCAAAGAUAACAAUAGAUCAUGGUGAUGGUAUACACUCCCUCAUGUUCACUAGUGAAUCGAGAGGUGUUUUACACACUUCAAACAAGGUUGGUGGUUGGGCCAGUGGAGACAAACUUUCGGAGGUCACGUUUGAUGGUGACGAGGAAAUAAUUGGCAUUGAUGGGACUAUUGGUACUCGAGGCAGCGAUCAAAUAAUUUCAUCACUUUCUUUUAAGACGAACAAGAAAAUCCAUGGCCCUUUUGGUCAAGCUGGAGAUCAUCACUUUUCUGUACCAUGGGAAGAAGGAAGAUUUGUGGGGUUUCAUGGAGUUGCUGGUCCUUACAUUGACAGCAUUGGUGUUUAUGUGAAAGCUUAUGAGGAAAUCGUUAAGGUGGGAACUUGGGGAAAGAGUAAAGCUGAUACUCUGCAAAGUGGCUGGAGUUUCCAACUUGAAAGAAAUCAUCACUUGAAGAAGAUAACCAUAGAUCAUGGGGAUCAUAUAUAUUCUCUCAUGUUCACAUCAGAACAUAGAGGCUUAUUACACACGUCUAGAUUGGCUGGAGGUUGGAAUGGAGGAGAGGGAGGAGAAACACUUACUGAGGUUACAUUCGAUUGGAAUGAGGAUAUACAUGCAAUCAAUGGAACAAUUGGGUUAUCAAUGGGGCAACAUUAUGCUGGUCAGACAGUCAUAUCAUCAAUAUCAUUCGUGACAAACAAAAAAGUACAUGGACCCUUUGGUCAUCCAAGAGGGACGCCUUUCACCGUACCAUGGGAAGAUUGUUCAUUUGUCGGAUUUUAUGGCUUGGCUGGCUGGUAUAUCAAUAGCAUUGGUGUCUAUUUGAAGGCUACUACCUAAUGACUUUUGGUAGCUAACAACCUUAUGUCAGGUGUAUGGAACAAAGAACCUUUUGUUAAGAGAUUUAAAAAUUUCUCAAAGAAUCUUUUGUUGUUAAGAGAUUUAAAGAUUUCUAAAACAAACUUACACAACUUUUGAUCAUUUGGUUCUUCUAUGUCAUUCUCUGUGUCUUUUGGUAAUUCA